AUGUUUGAGCAGCUCAUUGUGGCUUUCCAGUUCAGCGCGGCACAGGCAACCUUUGCAGCAUCUUCCUCAAUGCUGGCGUCUUGGGCAGCCUCGGAAUCGGCGAGCACAGUGCAAGCACAGUUCGAGCUGAUGUUGGCUACGGUGGCCGGAUUUCUAGAUCCAGAUGUCCGUGCCAUUGCUUGGAAGGUUGAUCACUGGACCCUCAUUUGGCUUGCCUAUGUUGCUUUGCCCGCAUGCUUUGUGUGGACCUCUGUGAGAUCCAUUUGCUAUGGUUCCCAUCGGCUUGCCUUCGCCUCUGCAGUCCUCUCCCUGCCUCCCUUCUGGUACGCCAUCUACGUCUCAGGUCGGCUGAUUCACAUUGACUCCGUCAGCUUUUCAGCAGAUUUACUAAUGGCUCGUAUUGGAGUGUUGGGGGUCACUGUUGUGGCCACAUUGAGUGGCUUUGGUGCUGUAAACUUCCCCUUCCAGAGCAUGCACUCAUUCCUUCGACCCGUCACACAGCAGCAGGUUGCAGAUGUGGAACAACGUCUAUUGAGGACAAUGAGGCUGAUCUCGGCAAGAAAGCGGCAGGAACUGACCUUGAAGCAGGAAGAGAGUCGGCUUAGCGGGGAGGAGCCACUCUCCAUUGUCGGCCGAGUGGCGCAGCUGGUGCAGAGACCUUUGCUGUCACUGGAGGCUUUGGGACUGAAUGUACGUGGAGGAUCAUCGGCGACGCGAAAGCAGCUGAUUACAGAAAUUCAGGCGCUUGAAGCCUUCAGCCGUGAAUUGUUUGUGGAGCUAGAUGAGCUCAUUCAGGCCCGGCUAUGCGAGCUGAAAGCGCGCACCGUGCUUGGUAGGGCAAUGAAUGUUCUUGGCCGGUGUUGCUCUGCCAUAUGUGUGUACAAGAUCCUGAUGUCAUCCAUCAAUCUCUUGCUCAGGCGUGGCAGUGCACAGGCUGAAGAUCCGGCAACCAGGCUGCUGACAAUCCUACUCCUGAAUCUUCGAGUUCCGGUAGACGUCUCAUACUGGGCGCCGAUGCUGUCGCUGAUUUUCGUGGGCUACCUCGCGUUUGCGAAUACUCGCCAGUUCAUUCAGCGGCUCCUUGCCAUCUUUCGCAUGGUGUCUACAUCUGUGACAUCGAAUUCACUCGCGUUGUUGUUGUCUGAGGUCAUGGCCAUGUAUUUUGCAGCUUGCGUCAUCCUUACACUACGGUUCGUACCCAAAAGCAGUCGUGCAGAUCUGCUGAUGAUGGUGGGGGAGGUGGAUCUAUCAUAUGUCCAUCUUCACUUCGAUUACGUCUUUCUCUUGUCGUCCCUGUGCUCUCUGGCAGUGUUCGGUCUAAGUUACUGGCUGAAGGGACCUGCAGCAGACUCACCGCAUGCGGAUUAA